AAACUUUUUGUUUUGCACCGUGCUGUUGAAUAACAACAAACACUGCCGUUAUUACUCAAUAAUUUAUUAAUCAAACAAUUAAAGCGAUGUCAAUCAGUUCAAGGCCAUUCCUCUUGGCAAACUUCCGGUUCUACAGCACCAAUUCCGCCGUCAUCAGCCCCGCCCUGCUGUCAAACAAGUCAGACCAAACCCGCGUCAUCGAAGCAUUCCGAGCGCUGCCAAAAAUCCGCCUCUCGUCAAAACCUCCGACGAAAGCGGCAGCCGUGCUGAUCCCCCUGUGCACCGUGGAUGGCCAGGUCAGCCUGCUGUACACGCUCCGAUCGGCCAAGCUGAGCCACCACCGGGGACAGGUGUCCUUUCCGGGUGGAAUCCGAGAUCCGGGGGAUGCCAACUUCGAAGCGUGUGCCCUGCGGGAAACCGAGGAGGAAAUCGGAGUUCCGCGGACCAGUGUGGACAUCUGGGGCUGCGGAAACGAACUGAUACCGAACUUUGGACCGGCCAUUACGCCGGUGGUGGGCACCAUCCGGGAAUUUAGUCGGGACGCCCUGGUGCCAAAUCCGGACGAGGUGCAGAAGGUGUUUACGGUACCGAUUGAAACGUUUUUGGCAACUGGAAAUCGACGGCACACUCAGUUCCGGGCAGGUUACACCGUGCCGGUGUACCUGGGCGGGGAGGAGAUUGUCUGGGGGAUGACCGGUGUUAUAACGCACCUUUUUCUGUCGGCACUGUUGCCACGAGAGGUUUAUGAUAGAAAGCUGAACUUUUUGAAAAAGUACAGCAGUUGAUGGCGAAUGCGGGCUUGUUUGGAAGAGAUUUGGAGAUUAGAGUAGCGUUUGAGUAAUUAGGAAAUUGUACAAUAGAACAUACCAUAUAUUGCAG